AUGUUAGCGUCAACCAAGAAGAGUUAUUGUGGUUAUAUAGCAAAUUUUUUCAUUGUUUUCCUUUUUCAGGUGAGUAUACAUUCAUACCUACUGAGAAGUUCUAUCGCAAAACUUAGAAACAUCACAUCUGGUCGAGAGUAUUGGUCAUAUCGAACUAACUUAGCAUCUGGGAUAAGUGCACUGGCCGUCGGCUUCGAUAAGCAAUAUGAAAUAACGAAAUCGAAUUCUACAGACGAAACACGAGCUGAUUUGGAAAAAUGCUGUGCUCCACUAACAAUAAUCGCAGAUGUUUUUCACGCGAUUUCUCUUCAUCGUCGUUAUUCCAUCCUACCAUUUUUGGAUGGCAACGUUCGCAAAUUUUCUGAUACUUGCCCAAUUGAUGAAUUUUUAUUUGGAAAAACAUUCCCGGACCAAUGGAAAUCCGCAAGUGAAGCUCAACGAUUAGGAUUUUCAAUCAAGAAGAAGGAAAAAGCUCUGGGAUCAUCAUCUUCCAAACCAAUCGUCUAUAAGAAAUUGGAGCCCAAGCCAGGUCCGUCGAGGGUCCUGUCGUCUUUAAACUCCCGGCGCCAGCAACACAAAUCUCGCAUGAAAAAGGAGGCGGAGAGGUUUCGUUCAGCAAGGUCAUACCGGAAGCAGUAG